CGCCCCGCCAGAGGAGGAGGAGAGAGGGGGGGCAAUCCCUGCUUUUAUUUUCCUUCCUGGCGGCCGCAGUUAAGCUCAAAAAACAAACUCGGAUCAGACAAGCUUUACGCAAACAUUUGCGUCUCCGCGUUCGGCUGCAGCGAAGGGAGUGGAGGAGUGGGGCUCAGAAGAGCUUUUUUUUCUUCUUCAUUUCUUCUUUGUUGCAAAAAAAAAAAGGGAAGGGCUCCGCUGAGGAGGAGAAAAACAGAACAAUUGAAUAUCAAGUUUGUGCGCUGAGAGUGCGCACUUUACGCACAAAGCGCCCCGUAAAACUCUGAAAUGUUGGAUCACCUCGACGGUCUCGCCCUGCUCCAGCGCGUCUUUAUUUCCUUUGUUGGUGUCAGCUCUCCGGGACUCACUGUGAUCAUGUGUCGUGGUUGAAAUACACCAAAACUUUCCAGCUUAAAACAACAACAACAACAACAACAACAACAACAGCAGCAGCAACAAAGCCUUAAAGCCCGCCGGGAAGAGUCAGCAUGGGGGCCAAGCAGAGCAGCCCGGGGUUUGACGGCAGAACUCGGGCUUAUUCCAGCUCAGACCUCCCGUCUAGGAACUCCGCCGCUGCGGACGGGAUCGCCGGGUUUAGAUACACAAACGGACCCGACGGCCCGCGGAUCCGGUACACGGGCGGAGGGCCCACCAACUCCGGGCUAAGGAUCCCGACCGGCGGAAGGUCAGGGUCGCACAACCAGGGUCUGGAUGGCCCAGAUGAUGAUGAUGAUGAUGAUGAGGGCCAGCUGUCCCCAGAGGCACACAGGCUGUUUAUAGGGUCCUUACCGUCUCACCUGUCCCCUCGCCUGCUGGGAGGGUUCCACUGUCCCGUUUGCUCCAAGUUUAUGGCGGCGGAUGAAAUAGAGAAGCACCUGCUCGUCUGUUUCAGCAAAACACGCCUUACCUACAACAAGGACAUCCUGUCAAGAGACUCUGGGGAAUGUGCAAUCUGCUUAGAUGAGCUGGAGCAGGGAGACACCAUUGCAAGGCUGCCAUGCCUCUGCAUCUAUCACAAAGGGUGCAUAGACGAGUGGUUUGUGGUGAAUCGCUCCUGUCCAGAGCAUCCUGCCGACUAGGAGCUGCAGUUCACCCCUGAGGCUGACACCCUGACCUUAUCCCAACGCUGCCUGGUCCAGCUGAGCAUCACGUUUUCCUCAGGGACUGCGGGACAUCACGUCACGCAGGAUUCCUUUUUUUCUUUUCUUCAUUUUGCCUCGCCGAACACCGAUGGACUUUGGAUGUGUUUCUCCAUAUGUUGUGUGAUGUCGAUCGAGCCCCUGCCGGAGACCUGUUCUCUCUCUCUCUCCGAUUUCCGUGAAUGCUCCUAAUGCUGACCUGUUGGCCUGAAGCGGACGCUGAUCCAGACAGCUGUGUGGGACCGGGUCUGGCUUUGCAGCAGAGGAACUUGUAUAUCCAACAGGUCGGAAAGGAGAAUUUAGGCUUAGCGACUGCUCCCAGAAACUCGGGCAGAAUGUCGAUGUUGUGCAAUAUGAUAAAUAGCCAAACAGAAUUUCUAAAAACAAAAGCCUUUUAUCCGCUUUAAGGCAUUGAUUGCUGUGUCGAUGCUAGUCAGUGAGUAGAUCCAAUGUUUUUUUUUUUUUUCAAAAUGGCUACCAAUGUCGUUUGGUUAAACAAUCACGUCUCCUAAACCAAAUUGUCUAACAUGAGAUUGUUAAACUCCAUUAAUCACGUGGCCAUUUAGUAGCACAGUAACGUGACUAUGUAGUCUAGUGUUGAAGCCUGAGAAAGGUUCAGACAUAUCUAAUGGUGAUUUCUACUCUCUCUAAGGAGUGCCAUAAUGUGCUGCUAUAUGUCAUAGACUGGAAAGUUUUCUUUAACCUUUGAGCCUGUCUGUUGUCUGUCGUUCUCUCUGUUUGUACUGUAAUGAAUUGCACAACAAUAAAUGUUUUUAUCUUUG